GAGACAUGGAAUGGAAGCUAAACCUCGAAGAUCGAAGUCCUGGUCAAGUUGCGGAUCCGUAUAGAACCUAUGCUGACCCGGAUCGACCCGACUCCCCUGAUGCAAGAACUACGGAGCUGCAAUUGAGGAAGGACAUGGGGAGCUACCCUGGUACUUCCCAUUCGCUAUUCGAUUGCAAAUAGUGUGUCUUUGAAUCUUUGAUCGCCGAAACGGUUGGAUAUUACUCGAUACUUCUGAGGCUCUGAGACUUGCACUCAACUGAGCAAGAAGAAGAGUCUCUCUCUCUCUGAUAUUUUGAUAUGUGGACCCACACCCUACCACCGCACAAUCCAGCCUUCUCUUUUGUUUGCUUCAUUCCGUCCUUUUGAAUUAUGUUUAUCUGCUAGCUAUUUAGUUAUUGUUUGAAUAUUUGGGUAGCGAUUAGCCACUGAACAGGGUUACUAGGGUAGUGAUUAGCUACUGAACUAGCCAGCCGAAACUUAAUUACCGGUAAUUCGCUCGCAUUUCGAGUAUCGGAACCGAUGGGGCGAGAAAGUCACAAAAUGAAGGCAUUAAGCCUUCUGAGAAGUAGAAUCUGUGACCCCAAAUUUGUAUUCAAGCCUCUCCACGAUUCUCCGGACAGCAACUACAGUAAACUGAAAUUCAUGAUAUCAAGUUCAAUUACUGAGGCAUGCAAUAAUUCUAUUCUGCUCCUUGGUCCCCGUGGCUCUGGGAAAUCUGCGGUUCUGGAGCUUGUUGUUGGAGAUUUAUUGGUGGAGUAUCCGGACAUGAUUUCAGUGAUCAAGUUGAGUGGGCUUUUACAUAGCGAUGACAACUGUGCAUUAAAGGAAGUAGCUAGGCAGUUAUGCAUGGAGCAUCAAUUGCAAUUCUCAAAAGCGGCAUCGUUUGACGACAACUCUCAAUUCAUGGUAGCAAUGCUAAAGGAGUGUGGAUUAGCACAUAAAACAAUUGUAUUUAUUCUGGAUGAGUUUGACCAGUUUGCCCAGGGUAAGCAGAGGUUGCUUUAUAGCUUGCUGGAUGCUAUGCAAUCAAUAACAUCACAGGCUGUUGUAAUUGGCAUUAGUUGUCGGCUGGAUGCAGAUCAGCUAUUGGAGAAAAGAGUACGAUCCCGUUUUUCACAUAGAAAGUUAUUGUUCCUUCCACCUUCUACAGAAGACUCAAAGAGAAUUUUGGAGCAAGUUCUGUCAUUACCAGUGGAUUCAAGUUUUCCACAUGAUUAUGCUGUUGAAUUUAAUAGAAAGGUUCAAGAUAUUUUGGAAGAUAGGAGGUUCAAAGAAACCUUCAAUAAAUAUUUGAAUUUGGACUCCUCAAUCAAACAUUUGCUGAGGUUUCUAUUUUGUGCUGUCUCAUGUAUGGAUGUGCAGACUGGCUUUUUGACAUACGAGAACUUUGAAACGGCGUUUUCAAGUAUUCUGAGGCAACCCAAACUGGAAUGUUUAAAAAAUUGCUCCAUAUUAGAACUUUACAUCCUGGUUUGCAUGAAGAGGUUGGAAGUUAAAGAACAGACCUUGUGCAACUUCAAUUCUAUUAUGAAAGAGUAUAAAAAUGUGCACGAUUCCUUCCAGACUUCUGAUUAUUAUGCACGAAAUGUCUGCUUAAGGGCAUUUGAACAUCUUAUCAACCGUGAACUGAUAUGUUUCACAGACAGCAGAGGAUAUGGUUCAUCGGUCGAGUUCCGCCCUGUAAAGCUUUUAAUCUCUUCUGCUGAACUACACCAAGGACUAAAAGCAUAUCAUUCAUGCCCCGCUAUCCUUCACAAGUUAAUGGAUCGUGAAGGCUAAGAUGCUCCAGGGAGAUAUUUUGCGUGUUCAGUCUGAUGAGCUCAGCCUGAAGAAGGUAAAUUGUCGAUUACGUUGGUACUAGAAUUUUUCAGUUGUAGCCGCAUUUUCUGCUGAAGAAGGUGCUCUUUCGUGAAAUUUACUUGCUAAAACAACUUUUUUUGUAUCUGUAACUGAUAUAUGGCAAAAUUUUGAUUCAUAUAUCCGUAUGUUUUAAAUUAGACAACUCCAAAGUGGUUGAAGAUGUGUGUUUAACUUGCUGGUUGGCAUUUAGAGGAAUUUAUAGCCAAGUUAUGGAUGUGUGCCUUCAAAAUUA